AUGAGCAUUAAACAAGCAUACGAGCAGAGUGGUCAAUCAGCCCUCUUUGAACAUUGGGAUGACCUAUCUGAUGCUCAGAAAGCAUCAUUCGAGGAGAAUCUGCAGGAAACAGCAAUGAAAAAUGAUCCAAGCCAGCUGGUGGAGGAUUGCAAACGCGCUAUAGAAUUGAGUUUAGAGAAUUCUAACGGCAACGAUUCCAUUGAGCCACUUCCGCAUACAUCUUACGGGUCUAUACUUGGUAAAGCAGAGUUGGAAAAUGAAUAUCGUGAUGUAGGACUUCAGGAGCUCGCACAAGGUAGUGUUGCUGUGAUCCUAAUGGCUGGUGGACAGGGAACUAGACUAGGUUCUUCUCAACCCAAGGGAUGCUAUGAUAUUGGGCUUCCUUCUAAUAGGUCCCUUUUCCAGAUUCAGGCUGAGAAGUUACUGCGUUUGCAAGCUAUCGCCAACUGCCCUAGGCCAAUUCCCUGGUAUAUCAUGACUUCAGAGCCUACGAGGCAGCCCACUGAACAGUUUUUCCAAGAAAACAACUACUUUGGUCUGUCUGCUACUCAGGUUACUUUCUUCAACCAAGGAACUUUGCCUGCAUUCGACUUGAAGGGUGAACAUCUUCUCUUAGAUAGCCCUACUGAUCUGGUCAAAUCUCCGGACGGAAAUGGUGGCUUGUACCGUGCCAUCAAGGAUAACGGAAUUCUAGAAGAUCUUGUUGCCAAGAAUAUCAAACAUGUUCACAUGUAUUGCGUGGAUAAUGUACUUGUGAAGCUGGCCGAUCCUGUCUUCAUUGGUUUCGCAUUGAAAAAUAAGUUCGAGUUGGCGACCAAAGCCGUACGCAAGAGAGAUGCUUCUGAGUCAGUAGGUUUGAUUGCCAGUAAAAAUGGGUCACCAUGCGUGGUGGAGUACUCCGAGAUUUCAAAAGAUAUGGCUGAGGCUACUGACGAGAAGGGCCUAUUGAAAUUCAGAGCCGCUAACAUUGUUAAUCACUACUAUGCGGUUGAUCUGCUGAAACGUGAGCUUGACAACUGGUGCAAGUCAAUGCCAUACCACAUUGCUAAGAAGAAGAUUGCAUUUUACGACAACAAAAAUAAAACUUACGUGAAACCGACUGAAGCUAACGGAAUUAAGCUUGAACAAUUCAUUUUUGACGUUUUUCCCAAUGUACCUAUUACCAAAUUUGGUUGUCUUGAGGUUGACAGGGCCAGCGAGUUUUCCCCUUUAAAGAACGCUCCUGGAACUGCAAAUGAUAAUCCAGGAACCAGUCGUGCGGCGUAUUUGAACUUAGGCACAAGCUGGUUAGUAUCCGCAGGAGCCAAGAUCGGCUCUGGCGUACAUGUCGAAAUUCCUGGCACUGUCAGUUACGGUGGAGAGGCUCUGGAAAAAUAUAAUGGUGAAGUUUUUGACAAAGAUCUUGCCAUCUUGCCUUGA